UCGGGAUAAACUGAUAAAACGCCCAAGGCAAAAUGCGAAGACUUCAGUGAGCAAAUGAAACGGAAAAUCUCUAUGUUAGAAAUUCUUUCCACCGAGUCCUGUCAGAUAUCAGAGAUAGGUUUCUACUGAGAUCAUCUUUCAAAUGCACCUAAAGUAAUCACAACGCAGUUCCUUUCUCUUUUAUUUUCUAACCACAAUUUUGAUGAACUGCACUCGCAUGUAUCGUAUCUGAAAAGAAAAGCAUAAGAUGCUUAUACUGGUGGUGUAUCAUCCCACGCGCCAGCAUCCAUAGCCUUAGCAGCGUCCAAUUAUUUCCUGUAACUUAUGAACAAAUUCCUGAUAAUCUUGGUAAGCUGUUGAACUUAGCAGUCAAAAUAAUAAACGGUCUCCGCGGGCGCUGUGGCUGUGUUAUGACCGGAAGGAGAGGGAAUCGAGUGCGAGAAGAAGAAACGAGGCUCUGUGGAUUACGGAGAGUAAUACAGGUUUAUUACACAGCGAUUACACAAGAUUGCGUGUGUCAAAUCCCAUUUCUGAACACACCACCUUCGUCGUCCUCACUGGAUUACGGCAUAUUAGGCCGAGGCUCUGUCUGAGCGCUGUCCACGGCCUGAAUGGGCUUUUGUUCGUGGUCGUAGUCCAUCUUGAUUACUACUCGCUGAUACACGCACCUGUUAGAUACUCGGCUUUGCAGAUACGUGCACAGAGCGUUAUCCUGGUAGGCUUAGUUUGUCAUCAGAGUCUAGGCUAGCAGUGACAGUGAGCGAUAACAGAACGAAGCAGCACACAUUAGAGGCAUGUAACACUGGAGCAAAAUACAUGCAAGGGCUCGAACGAGCAUCGGAAAACCAAGAAACUGGGAAGGGUGUUUUGAAAAUGCUGACGAAAGCAACGAGGGCUGUGACCUCACACAUGAAAGAGAUGACGUCAGGAAAGAAUCACAGUAAACCCGACAAGCAGGCGGUUGGUUUAAACAACAAUAUGGAGCCUACACACUACAUAUACGACCCUGGGACACAGACGACAUAUCUCAGAGGAAAGCUACUCGGCAAGGGAGGAUUUGCCAAAUGUUACGAGCUCACUGAUCUCAAGACCAACAAAGUGUAUGCUGGGAAAAUUAUCUCUAAAAGUAGACUGACAAAACCACACCAAAAAGAAAAGAUUGCCAGGGAAAUUGAGUUGCAUCGCCAUUUGAAACACAAACAUGUCGUCUGCUUCUACAAUUUCUUUGAGGACGAGGAAAAUGUCUACAUUAUUCUAGAACUCUGCAGUAGAAAGUCUUUAGUGGAAGUGUUGAAAAGUCGCAAGACGCUGACAGAACCCGAGGUGCGCUAUUACUUGCGUCAUUUGGUGCUAGGUUGUCAGCACAUCCACGGACAAAAAAUAGUCCACCGAGAUCUCAAACUGGGAAACAUGCUGCUCAACGAAAACAUGGAAAUCAAAAUUGGAGACUUCGGUCUGGCAACUAGAAUAGACUUCGAUGGGGAGAGAAAAACCACGGUUUGCGGCACUCCUAACUACAUUGCUCCCGAGGUGCUUCAGAAGACGGGACAUAGCUACGAGGCAGAUGUAUGGGCCAUAGGUUGUGUGCUGUAUGCCCUUCUAGUAGGCCGUCCACCAUUUGAAACAGCAACAUUGAAGGAGACAUAUAUGAGAAUCACAUCAAACAAAUACAAUGUUCCUGCCCACAUAUCAAAUGAGGCGAGAAACUUAAUUAGAAAGUGCCUCAAUCCGCACCCCGACCAGCGCCCCACGCUGGACCAGAUCAUGCAGGACGAGUUCCUCGUCUACGGCUAUAUUCCCAAAGUCUUGUCUGGGGCUUGUUGCACCUGUGCGCCAAAGUUCCCAGUUAUUGAAACAUUAUCAAGUAGUCGUCCCAAGUCCUAUGCUGUACCUGUCUCCAACCACGAAGCCGUGCAAAAAAUAACAUCUUCCCUCGCUCAGCUGAAGAAUCAUUCCUCAAAACUUUUGUCACCUGGGCUGUCCAGGAAGUCUCCCAAGCCACUUGCCCAGGGAACGGUACGCGAGAAGGACAAUGAGAGGUUGACACUCAGUCCUGUCACCGCGCAGACACUGGCGCCACCUGUGAUAGCUGGGGGCUUUCACCCUGUCAUAUGUCCAGAUAGAUCCCAGUCUCCCAAGCCAGGCUCUGCAGCCAACCUCCUCUCCCAUCUGGAGACCUGCCUCAGAGCAUCAAAAACAGUGUCUUCCCUGGCCCCGGGGUCCACCAAUGCCAAUAUCCUCUGGGUUACCAAGUGGGUGGACUACUCCAAUAAGUACGGCUUUGGCUUCCAAUUGUCCAACAAGAUGGUGGGGGUGCUUUUCAACGACAUGUCCAGAAUGGCGUUGUCUUCUGAUGGAAGGGAAAUCAACUAUUUUGAUGUCACAGACAAAAUGUCAACAUUUGCGACAGAAAACAUUCCACCCUCCUUGCAGAAAAGAGUCCAGUUAUUGUUGUAUUUUGGUGCUUAUAUGGACGAGCAUCUGAUCCGUGGCGGAGAUAUUCAAGGUCCUCGUCAUGCAGGAUGUGAGCCUGUUUACAUGAAGAAAUGGUUCCGAACUUCCAAAGCCAUCGUCAUGUAUCUUAGCAAUAGAACAUUACAGAUCAACUUCUUUGAUGACCACACCAAGAUCAUCCUGUGUUACCAGCCAGAGAUAGUGGACACCACCUACCUGGUCACUUACAUCAACCAGGACCGCGUGGCCACCACGUACUUCUUGUCCCAGUUGACCAGCUACGGCUGUCCCUCUGUCGUCCACGACAGACUGCUCUACGCCAAGAACAUGCUGCAGAACAUGAUUGAUAUUGAUGGCGAUGAUAUUUAAUCAUGGUGAAAAAUACUGUUCUUGUGUGGGAACCAUUCCCCGUUUUUUUUUCACAACUGAUCUCAAUGCAGUAUAAUUGAAUCGCGAUGAUAUAUAACUGAUGAAAGCUGUAGUUUGAGAUGUCAUGAUGUUAUUUUGGAGAACUGGUGAUUCGAUUUUUUCUUUUUGUCAAUGCAAUGUCCUGGGUUUGACCAAUCAGGAAGAAAACAUUCUGGUGCUUUGGAGAUAUACAAGUAGAUGCCUUACAUCUUCAAUGCAAUGUUUAUAAUCAUUGUCCUAUACCUGGAUUUGAAGACAUCGUUCUUUGUGUUUCUUUCAUAUAUUAGACAAGUGACUCCAGAACACUUUACAAUUGAGUAAAGGAGGAUUUAUACUUAAGACAUGGAUCGCAUCAAGGAAUAAUAUGACUUUUUCAUCUUAACUGUUUUCAUGUGAAAACGCCUCAGAAGAAAAAACGACUUCCCUGAUACUUCUGCCUUCACUGUAUAAGAAGAAUUAUGAAUGUGUUCUUCACAUGCUUAUACAAGAGAAAAGUUCUACCAUUUUUUACCAAAUAGAAAAGCAUGAUUUUUACACUUACAGCUCUUGAGUGCAAAACAGUAACAGGUACAAUGUUCAACUGUCAGUUACUGCAAGGCAAUACAAUGGCAGCAAUUGAGGCUUCCUACUUUGUCUAUUCACUGUGGUAUCAAAACCAAAAGGGUGGAACCAAUAUCCAAAAUGUCUUCCAUGUACUUAUAUCAGGGAUUGUGAGCAAUAUGUUUGUAAGGCAAACUUUAGACAGAUCUCUUGUGAUUUAAGAUUCAGUUUAUAGGAAAGUGCCAUUGGAAUUCCAAAAUAAUGGUGUGUAUAUAAUUAUCUAUAUAUAAGGGUACUCUUCCAACUGUUUAAAAAUUUUUUUCAGUGAUCUCAUUAUGUAUCUCAUUAACAUUGUUAUAGAUGUUAAGCCAAUUCUUAAUCAGCUAAGGGUAACUUGAACUUAUGAAAAAUUUUCCUUGUAAAACCCAAGUUUGUUUCAUUUUGUGGGUAAUUUUGAAAAUUCCGUUUUUGUAAGGUUUGUGAUUUUGGUGCUGUUUCCCAUUUGGAGGUAAAAAUUAUAUUAUCAAGCAAUGCAUACAUGGAAGAGAAUGUACAUUCCACAGUAUGCUCAGAAUCAAAAUGAGUAUUGUAAAUACAUACCAGUUUAAGUGUUAUCGGUUGAUUUUGUUUCAAGUGCAAUGCUUUUUUUUCUCUGUACAUAAGUUUUCAGUUGUCAUAUCUUAUGUUAAGGCAAUUUUGUUUGUGAACAGCCUAAUGGUGUUGAAGACAAGGUGAAAAUUGAGUGUUGUGGACUGCAAUGUUUUCAUAGAAUGAGGUUGCACAUCCCAUCUUGAUGGUGAGAACUUGGUUUUCUUUCAGAAGCUGUGAAAGACCAAUUUAAUGCAUUUCAGUUCGUUUAUUUUUCAUUUUCAUUGUAAGUGUUUAAGUUCAUUCAAUAAAUUAUCAUCAGAGAUCAAA